AACGGACUCGAUCACAGCUCGCUCGGUGUCUCAAAAAAUCUUCUUGAACUCGAUUUUGAGCCAUUCCAGGAACGUUUAACGGAAAAUUCUUCUAAAAAAUAAAAAAAGAGGAUUAAUUAAGAGCAAUGGCUCCAAAGUACAGCACUGAGAAGGCACCCGCCAAAUAUGAUGAUUACGUGUUUAAUGUUUCGGAAAAAUUCAAGAAGAUUGCCAAAGAGGAGUUGGGCGAAGAUGAUCAGAAACGCACGCAAGCACUUGCGCAAUUUCGCGAAUGGAUUGCGAAACAUCCGCAUAUUAGAGCGUGUCGUACAGAUGCCGUUUUCCUCUUACGUUUCCUUCGCCCGAAGAAAUUCUCCGUGCCCCAAGCAUGCGAGCUGCUCGAGCAAUAUCUCAUCUACCGCCAAGAAUUCCCCGAAUGGUUCACGAAACUCGACCCCAACGAACCCGAAAUGGCAGCUGUCAUCGACGCCUGUUUCUCCUUUCCGCUGCUCGAGCGCGACGAUCAAGGACGUCGUGUUUUCCUCACAAAUAUCGAAAAUUUCGACGCCAGCAAAUGGACCACGAAGCACAUGAUCCGCCUUCAUGCACUCGUCGUUGAAGCCUCUCUCGACGACGAAGAAUCGCAAAUUGCGGGUUUUCAUCACUUUUACGAUGCGCGCGGCUUCGGCAUGAAACACGUCGCCAUGUGGAGUCUCGUUGAUUUGAACAACUUUUUGCGAAAAGCGCAAUUUGUGGCGCCCAUGCGACAUCGCGCCGUCACCGUAAUGCUCACAAUGGCACACAAACUGAUCGAAUUCGCACUUUCGUUGCUCACGGAUAAGAUAAAAGCACGUGUCAAGGUCUGCAAAACGAACGAGGAGGCAAAGCAACAUGUCGACGUGAAGCUUUUGCCGGAGGAAUAUGGCGGAAAAGUCCCGAUGAAAGACAUGAUUGCGCGUUUCAAGGAGGAAUUGCAGGAAAAACGUGAAGCCUUGUUGGCACUCGAUGACAUGUCGAUCGACAUCACGAAAUAUUCCGACAAAUGGUCGAAAAAUACGACGCUCGAGAAUGACAUCAGUGUGAUCGGAAGUUUCCGCAAACUCGAACUUGACUAAAAAAAAUAAUUUUAAUCUAAUUUUUCUUUUAAACAAUUUUUUUGGGCACAAUAAAUAACACUUUUUAGUAAU